AUGUCGGCGGCAGCAGCAGGUAGAGGGAAGGCGGCACUCGACAGCAGCGACUUUGAGGAAGCUAUCAAGCAGUAUACUGCUGCCAUCAAGGAAUCACCCACGUCGCCGGACUUUUACAACCAGCGCUCUACCGCAAAUCUCCGUGCUGGUCGUCUGGACGAAGCACUUGCAGACGCGGAUCAAGCGGUCCUGAAUGCGAACAAGAGAGCCAAGAAGGAAGCCAUUGUUGAGUCGCAGUUUCGUCGCGGCGUCGCUCUGUACAAGCUUGAACGAUAUGCCGACGCCGAAUUCCUGUUCAAUAUUGUGAAAGGCCUGGAUCCUAAGCACAAAUCGGUCGACAUGUGGAUCACGAAGACAGGAAUGGAGCUCAAGAAGUCGACGAAUCCCGACGAUAAGCAUGUGACUGUGAAAGAGACACCCGAUCUGGGCUCUGAAGAUCGCAAGCCCGCCGACACGAACGGAACUUUCUCGACUUCUGUCAAUCCCCCAGCAACUGCUGCACCUGUCGUGUCAUCGCAGACGCCGGCAGACAAGAUCCGUUGGGAGUGGUAUCAAAACAGUGAGAACAUCUAUUUCACUCUGCUCGUCAAGGGAGCGCCGAAGGAGAAGACUAACCUCGAGAUCACCGAACGCUCUCUGAACAUCUCUUUCCCGCUCGUCAGUGGCUCUUCUUACGACCUGACCCUGGAGCCACUCUUCGCCCCGGUCAUUCCCGGGAAGUGCAUUACCCGUGUAAUGCCAUCAAAGAUCGAAAUCAUCCUCAUCAAAGCCACCCCAGGCCAGAAGUGGGCCAAAUUCGAGAGCGAAGAAACAGUCGCUAACAAGGCAGACUCCGACGCCGCCGAGAAAGACGAUCCAGUGAAGCGUGCAGUCUUCAGCGAGAGCAAAGCAUCCGCUCCAGCCUAUCCAACCUCAUCGAAGAACGGGCCAAAGGACUGGGACAAGAUCAGCAAGGAACUGCGUGUCCCGGAUGGCGGUAGCCUUCAGGACGACGAUGACUACGAAGGUGGUGAUGAAGGCAACCACUUCUUCAACAAGCUCUUCAAGAACGCGGAUCCAGAUACUCGGCGUGCGAUGAUGAAGUCUUACACCGAGUCGAACGGCACGGCGCUUUCUACCAACUGGGACGAAGUCAGCAAGGGUCCGGUCCCCGUCAGCCCACCUGAUGGAAUGGAAGCCAAGCCGUGGACCCAGGAGCGUACGAAGUCGGGCCAGCAGUCGUAG